UUGUAUGAGUCAGUAGUAGCCUUGUAUUGUAAUGGCCGACAAGAUUUGAGGCGUAGGUCAAGUGAAACACCGAAAACAACUAAUUUUGGGGCUUGUAAUAAGAACAUUUUUCGGCAUUCAGUUGAUACUAUUUCGGCAUGUUGCAGUUAUUGUGACUUAGAUUAUUACCAGAUUAUGGCAAUGCAACAACAAUAUAGAGACCCCCCACCAUAUCCGGGCCACUCGAAACAACCACUGUAUCAACCAGGAGGACGUCAAAGUUUUUCUGGAAGUGAAACAAGUACGGAUGUAUCUGUGUCUUCGAUGGAAAAUCUUGCAACAUCCAUUCGACAAGAACCACAAGGUGAAGAAAACCAAUCACAGAAUCUCUACAAUCAUUUGGAUUUAAGUAAUAGUGAUGGUGGUUAUAGUAUUUUGGCUCGGCUUGGUAUGCCAACAUCAUGUGUUUCUGAUACUAAGCUUACCAGUGUACCUGCAUAUUUUGUUCCGGGACCGCCUGGUAGUCAAGUGUACACAACUCAAAGUGAACAAUCUACUGCUUACACAAAUAGUCCAGGAGGACAAUUAUCUUAUUGGCAAACAGGACAAAAAACUAUGACAACGCCACCAUUACGAUCUGAUUGUAGUCGUGUGCCGAUCUCAACCUACCAUGGAUCAGGACCUUACGUGAAUUCUCAGUGGGCCCACAAUCCAAUGGAUAUUUCACACAAUCAACAAAUGAUGUCAUAUUUGGCCAACUUGCCUCCUCCACCAGAAUAUCCUGGACCUAAAUUAUCUGAUCCUCCAGUGAAAAAGGAAAUGUGCCAUGCCUUUGAAUUGAUUGACACUACAAAUAAAGCUGAAUUAAGUCGGUCACAACCUGAUUUGUCUCGUUUACCAGAAUCUCUGAUAAAAACUCCUUUGUCUAACCCUGAUCUGAAAAUAUACGCAUCUUCAAGGACUGACAUGACAUGUGAUAGAAGUAGUAAAAUAACAGAUAUUGACCAAUCAGAAAUAGUUACACGAGCUACACAACUUGUAGAGAUGCUAUCAAAAGAAAAUCGAAAUUUAGUCAGUCAAAUGAGUGAAUAUACCAGAAAGAUCUCCAAAUUACAAAAGUUAGAAUUAGAGAUAGAGAAAGUUCAUGGAGCGUACGAAUCUCUGGCUAAAUCAGCACAAAAACGGGAGAAAUUAGACAUGGCAUUAAAACAAAGAUUAGAAGUUGAAAUCAAGAAAUUACAAACAGAAAAUAAAGAUUUGAAAGAUCAAAUAGAUAAAUCUAUGUCUCCAACAGAAAAACAUAGAGUUAAAACAGAAACUGAAAUAAAGAGUAAAUUAUCUGAGAAAGAUACAACCAUCAUUAAACUGUUAUCUCACAAUAAAGAUUUACUUUCUACCAAAGAUAAAUUAGAACAACAAAUAGCAUCAUUAAAAUCAUCUGUCAUCGAACAAAGAGCACAAAUAGAUAUAUUAGAUAAUGCUUUAACAACAGUACAGGCUAAUGUACAUCUAGAAGAUGAGAGUGGUAAGAAAGAAGUAUAUGGUAGUCGAGUUGAUCAGUUACAAAAAGCUUUCGCUUCAUUACAAACAGUUUCGGAACGUCGAGAACAAAAAGAAAAACAACUUCGUCUUAAAUUAGAAAAAGAAAUAGAAACAUUAAAAAAACAGUUAAAGGCCUCGGGUAAACAACGUGAAGACAGUAAUCCUGAUACCACUGAUGCAAUAACUUUGAAACGUAUGAUCAACGAAAGAGAUGCUAAGAUUUUACAGCUUGAAACAGAGCUUGUCAAGUGGGAACAAAAAUGGUUGGAAGAAAUCACAAUGAGACAAUUUGCUUUACAAGAUAACUCACCAAAAUUUGCUGACAUUGAAAAAAGUUCGGCUGAUGCAGAAAAGCUGAUCAACGAAGCUAAAACUGAGAAAUUACGUCACAUGGAAGAAUUAUAUCAAGCCAAUAGACGUGUUGCAGAAUUGGAAGCAAGAGUUCAAACACUACAAUCUCAGUUAUCCGAGAAAGAAGCGAUGGUGAAAGUUUAUCAGAGAUCUCCAUUGACAAGAAGUAGUAGUGUACAGAUGUUAUGCUGUUCUCCUUUACACUCUCCCCGUCCUUCUCUACUGGCAACACCUAACUUAUCAUCUCAUCAAUCUAGUCAUUCAGAUUCUAGUAGUUACGCUAGACAUGUUAAAACAGGAAGUGAAAGUGCCUUAGAUACAGAUCGUCGUGUAGGUGAAUUAAGAGAAAAACUUCAGAGUAUUGAGAUUGAGUAUAAGGCUAAAACAGAAGAUGAAUGUCAAUUAUGGCAGGUUUAAAGAAAACUAUGACUGUCUAAUUUAUAUAUAUUUGCAUCCCUUGGUUCCAAGAACAAGGGAAUAUAUAUUAUAUCUUUGACUGAAGUGAACUGGAUUUAAAAAAAAACAAUUUAAUUUAUUUUGUGCAAUAUAACAAAACUAUUAUAUGAUGUGGUGCUAUUUGUUGGAUUAUAACGUCUCAGUUUCGUGUUAUCAAAAUGCGGCCGUUUAAUUUUUUUUUGUGUGUUUUGAUUUCGUCUUCUGGACUUGAAUAAUACAGUGUUUUACCCUUUGAUCUUGAUCUUGCUGACUUAUAAUUUAAGUCUCAUAUUUACCGGAAUGUGACCAAAAUAAUUUUGGUUUGACAAUGUUCGGCAUAAAUUGGCUAACUGUUCACAUUAUGAUUUUUAUACGCCCACAUUGAAAUGUGGUCCUAUAUUGUCGUCACCCCCACCCCCGUCCGGCGUCCACAAUUGCUUGUAGACGCUCUAGAGGCUAAAGUUAAUAUCUGAUUGACUUUAAAUUUAUACACAGGUCUUGAGACAAAGAAGCCUAUUGAUUUUCAGCAAUUUCCGAUAAUUACUGCCAGAGUUGAUCACUUUGAAAAAUCUUGUGGACGCGCUAGAGGCCAAAGCUAAUAUCUGAUUGACCUUAAAUUUAUACACAGUGUUUAAGGUCAUGAGACGAAGAAGCCUUUUGAUUUUCAGCGAUUUCCGAUAAUUACGGCCAGAGUUAUGACCCUUGAUCACUUUGAGAAAUCUUGUGGACGCUCUAGAGGCCAAAGUUAAUAUCCGAUUGACCUUAAAUUUAUACACAGUGUUUAAGUUCAUGAGACGAAGAAGCCUAUUGAUUUUCAGCGAUUUCUGAUAAUAACUGCCAGAGUUAUGGCCCUUGAUUACUUUGAAAAAUCUUGUGGACGCUCUGGAGGCUCAAGUUAACAUCCCAUUGACUUUAAAUUUAUACACAGUGUUUAAGGUCAUGAGAUGAAGAAACCUAUUGAUUUUCAACGAUUUCCGAUAAUUACUGUCAGAGGUAUGGCCCUUGAUCACUUUGUGACGCUCUAAAGGCUAAAGUUAUCAUCCGAUUGACUUCAGAUUUAUACACAAAGUUUGAGAUCUUGAGACGAACAAGUAUAUUGAUUUUCAAUGAAUUUUUAUAACUUCAACAGCUAAAUCCAUGAUAUUAAAAAUUUUGUAUAAAAAACGUUAGCAUGGGGCAGAACUUUAUAAAAACCAUACAAAUUCUAAUGGUUUUCUGAUAAUUACUUCAUGAGUUGUUGCUCUUAAUCAAAUUUUAGUGUAUUAUAAAUGUUUUAUUACCGAAAAAAGUAAAAAUAUUUGACAGCUCUUGUUGACUGCCCGGACGAUUUAGCUGCUAUGGGCGUAUGUUCGAAUGUCUGGCAACCAAUCUUUUGGAAAUUCUUUCAAGAUCUUUCAGGUUUGUUGUAAAGAAUAAUGAAUACUUUGAGCGAUGUUUUUCAUAUUUGAUCAGUUAAAAGUUAUUUUGUAGACUUUUGAAAUUUGAUCUAUUUUUAUACGCCCACAUUUUCAUGUGGACGUAUAUUGUCGUCGCCCCUGUUUGGCCGUCCGGACGUCCAUCCACAAUUUGUUUGUGGACUCUCUACAGGUCACAAUUUUUAUCCGAUUUCAACGAAACUUGAAAUAUAGCUUUAUCUCCCUAAGAUCUUGGUUCCUUUCGAUAUUAGCAUAUAUCAGACCAUAACUUUAUGGAUUAUGGCCCCUGAUUGUACGAAAAAUCACGUUUUUAGCUUGUGGACCCUAUAGAGGUCAUAAUUUUUAUCCGAAUCUAAAAACCGUAUUAUUAUAUCACCGUUACACCCGAAGGACGGCUGAGUUUGAAUUUUGUGAAAAUCGGCCCAAAAUUGACAGACAAAAUGGCCGCUGUUCGUUCUCAAAUAGCGUAAAAAUAUGGUAUAUCAAGGUUGUGGAUCCUAUAGUAGUCACAAUUUUUAUUCGAUUUUAUUGAAACUUGAAAUGUAAGUUUAUAACCCAAAGUUCUCGGUUCUUUUCAAUAUUUCCGCAUAUAGAAUUGUAAUUUCCUGAAUUAUGGCCCUUGAUUGUAGGAAAAAUCGCUUUUUUUAGCUUGUGGACCCUAUAUUGUUGUCGCCCCUGUCCGCCCGUCCGUCCCUCUGUCCACAAUUGUUUGUGGACAUUCUACAGGUCACAAUUCUGAUUAUGGAUUAUGCCCCCUGAUUGUACUAAAAAUCGUGUUUUUAACUUGUGGACCCUAUAGAGGUCACAAUUUUUAUCCGAUUUCGUUAAAACUUGAAAUGUAAGUUUAUAACCCAAAGAUCUCGGUUCCUUCCGAUAUUCGCACAUAUCGGACCUUAACUUCCUGAAUUAUGGCCCCUGAUUGUAGGAAAAAUCACGUUUUUAGCUUGUGCACCCAAUAGAGGUCAUAAUUUUUAUCCAAUUUAUAAAAAACUGUUUGAAUAUAUCACCAUUACACCCUAAGGAUGGUUGAGUUCGAAUUUCGUAAAAAUCAGACCAAAACUGACAGACAAAAUGGCAGCCCCUCGUACUCAAAUAGCAUAAAAAAAUGUGAUACAUCAAGGUUGUGGACUCUCUAGAGGUCACAAUUUUCUUCUGAUUUUGAUGAAACUUGAAAUCUAACUUUAUCACCCAAAGAUCUCGGUUCCUUUCGAUAUUCGCACUUAUCAGACAGUAACUUCCUGAAUUAUGGCCCCUGAUUAAACGAAAAAUCGCGUUUUUAGCUUGUGGACCCUAUAGAGGUAAUAAUUUUUAUCUGAUUUAAAAAAACGUAUUAUUAUAUCGCCGUUACACCCUAAGGACGGCUGAGUUCGAUUUUCGUGAAAAUCAGCCCAAAAUUGACAGACAAAAUGGCCGCCGUUCAUUCUCGAAUAGCGUAAAAAUAUGGUAUAUCAAGGUUGUGGACCCUAUCGAGGUCACAAUUUUUAUCCGAUUUUGUCGAAACUUGAAAUGUAAGUUUAUAACCCAAAGAUCUUGGUCCCUUUGAUAUUCGCGCAUAUCGGACCAUAACUUCCUGAACUAUGGCCCCUGAUUGUACGAAAAAUCGCGUUUUUAGCUUGUGGACCCUAUAGAGGUCAUAAUUUUUAUCCGAUUUAAAAAAAAGAUAUUAUUAUAUCACUGUUAAAACCUAAGGACAGCUAAGUUCGAAUUUCGUAAAAAUCGGCCCAAAACUGACAGACAAAAUGGCCGCCCUUCAUUCUCAAAUAGUGUAAAAAUACGGUAUAUAAAGGUUGUGGACCCUAUAGAGGUCACAAUUUUAAUCCGAUUUUGUUGAAACUUGAAAUGUAAGUUUAAAACACAAAGAUCUCGGUUCCUUUCGAUAUUCGCGCAUAUCGGACCAUAACUUCCUGAACUAUGGCCCCUGAUUGUACGAAAAAUUGCAUUUUUAGCUUGUGGACCCUAUAGAGGUCAUAAUUUUUAUCCGAUUUAAAAAAAACGUAACGUAUUAUUAUAUCACCGUUACACCCUAAGGACGGCUGAGUUCGAAUUUCAUGAAAAUCGGCCCAAAAUUGACAGACAAAAUGACUGCCGUUCGUUCUCAAAUAGCGUAAAAAUAUGGUAUAUCAAGGUUGUGGACCCUAUAGAGGUCACAAUUUUUAUCCGAUUUUGUUGAAACUUGAAAUGUAAGUUUAUAACCCAAAGAUCUCGGUUCCUUUCGAUAUAUUCGCCCAUAUCGGACCGUAACUUCUUGAAUUAUGGCCCCUGAUUGUGCGAAAAAUCGCGUUUUUAGCUCGUGGACCCAUUAGAGGUCAUAAUUUUUAUCCGAUUUAAAAAAACGUAUUAUUAUAUUACCGUUCCACCCUAAGGACAGCUGAGUUUGAAUUUCGUGAAAAUCGCCCCAGACAAAAUGGCCGCCGUUCGUUCUCAAUUAACGUAAAAAUAUGGUAUAUCAAGGUUGUGGACCCUAUAGUGGUCACAAUUUUUAUCCGAUUUUGUUGAAACUUGAAAUGUAAGUUUAUAAUCCAAAGAUCUUGGUUCCUUUCGAUAUUUGUGCAUAUCGGACCGUAACUUCCUGAAUUAUGGCCCCUGAUUGUACGAAAAAUCGCUUUCUUUUUAGCUUGUUCUCUAUCCAUCUCUCGAAAAUGUGGGCGUAUCCUGCCUGGCAGCCGCUGGUUGAUCAAAAUUGUAACAAAUGCCAAUGCUAGAUCUAUUCCAAAUUCCACAACAGACUUUGAGACAGCCGUUUUUAGGACCAACUGACCGAUAUUAGUCGCAUGUAUCAAGUACAUUUCACUGAAUAAUAUUAAUCCUUAUGAUACACGUGUUGGCUACGCUUUGAUAUAGUCUGGUCCCAUACCCACACGAAGAAAGGGGGGUUGGAUGGCUGAAUGGUUAGCGUGCGCGCGCUGUAUCAUAAAGUCUGCCAUUGAGUCGACUGGCGUGGUUUCGAAUCCCCGGUUGUACGUGGCAAGGAGUAGGGUCGCCUGUCCAACCUCGUGGGUUUUCUCCGGGUCCUCCGGUUUCCUCCCACUGCUAAAGACCCCUACGCGCAAGCGAAUUAUGUAAAUAAAAUUAAACCAUAUGUUAGUCCCGAAAUGACCUAUUUUGUGUCGAGUGGACGUUAAACCCCAUUUCUCUCUCUCUCUCCCACGAAGAAAGCAUCCACAUUAUUUUUAUUACGAUUGAUAUUAUACUUAUACGGUAAGGAUAUCCCUACUCGGAAUGAUACAGUUAAAACUGCACGCGACAAUAACGAAGAGGUGGUUUAUCGUUGAUUACCUAGUCCGUUAAAAUUUACAUUGAUAUUUUACGUUGAAAAAUCAUCUGGAUAAUAUUUCGUUUAUUCUUUGAAUAAAAUGGCUUCUGAGCUUGAAACUGUCAGGGCCAAUUGGAAUAUUUUUGAUGACAGUUCGGCAGACUGCGAAAAACACACCGCUGCUGACACGAAAAAGAGCAUUUCUUCUGUCACUCAUAUGGGGAUAUUUUAGUUUAAAAAGAACACCCGACAAGUCUGUUAACCAGGUAUUGAGUUAAUGGAUAUUUAUUCGGUAUUCCGGGCAUCAGAAUAGAAUGAUCUGCGGUGACGAUACCUACAGGAAUAAUCUUACCCCAGCAUAUAUACAUGUAUAUACGUCUCACUUCAUCAGUACAUCUCACAUACAUUGCUAAAUACCAAAUCGAUACACUAGAUACAUUAAUCCAUUUAUACACCUCAAGUUAUAUAUCAAUUUUAUAUCAGUAAUUAUCACAAUAUUGAAUUUUUGAAGCACAAUAAAUCUAAUUAUCGCGAUAAUUUACUCCAGACGAUAAUCCAUGAUAUCGCGAUAAUUUAUUUUACCAAUAUCGUGAGAUAUCGGGAUAUUUUUUUUCUGUUUUGUUGCAACCUUAGUUGAAUUCGAAUUUCGGGAAAAUCGAAAUGAAACUCCCCAACAAAUGUCUGCUCUUUGUACUCAAAAGUCAAAUUGUGUAAAAGUAUGAAAUACGAAGGUUGUGGAAUUGUGGACCCUCCAGAGGUCACAAUUUUUAUCCAAUUAUGAUGAAACUUAAAACAUAGUUUAUAUCCCAAAGAUCUCAGUCCCUUUUGAUAUUUGCGCAUUUCAGACCAUAACUUUCUGGAUUGUUGCCCCUGAUUGUACAAAAAAUCCUGUUUGUUUUUAGCUUGUUCUCUAUCCAUCUCUUGCAAAAUGUCGGCGUAUCCUGCCUGACAGCCGCUGGUUGUUAUUGUUGUGAAAUUAUAUUAUUUUUACCAUUUUUUUUUUUUUUUUUUUGUCUUAUUUUUGGCAUUUGAGAUCGUCUCUCAAUGUGUUGCCAAUGGGUACCAAAUAUUUAAAUAAACGUUUUGUUACAUUAAUGAAUAAUAUUGUAAUAUGUAUGUGUAAUACUACUUAUUUGUGA